GCCCACGAUACGUCAAGUACUCAAGUAGUUAAUUGUGCAACAACCUUCAAAUACUCAAUGAAAUGUAGGCCACUUUAUUAUUUCCCGUUAAACUUUUCAUGACAUGAAUAAGUUACUAACAUAAUCAAAUAAAUAACACUAUUGUAAUGGCUGGUUCAGCAUUGAGACGUCUCAUGGCCGAGUAUAAACAAUUAACCUUAAAUCCACCGGAGGGUAUUGUUGCAGGACCAAUUAAUGAAGAAAAUUUCUUCGAGUGGGAAGCACUCAUUACAGGGCCGGAAGGUACAUGUUUUGAGGGCGGUGUAUUUCCAGCAAAAUUGAUAUUUCCUCCAGAUUAUCCUUUGAGUCCUCCGAAAAUGCAGUUCACUUGCGAAAUGUUUCAUCCAAACAUCUACGCCGAUGGCAGAGUAUGCAUUAGCAUUCUGCAUGCUCCUGGUGAUGACCCCAUGGGCUAUGAGAGCAGUGCAGAGAGAUGGAGUCCGGUUCAGAGUGUGGAAAAAAUUCUACUGAGCGUGGUAAGCAUGCUGGCCGAGCCAAAUGAUGAGAGCGGUGCUAACGUAGAUGCUGCUAAAAUGUGGCGUGAAGAUAGAGCUGAAUUUGAGAAAAUAGCACAAAAACUUGUACGCAAGACACUCGGCAUUCCAAUAUGAAUUGUAUAUCAAGGAAAACUAAUGAUAUUGCAUAUGAAAUACACUCUCCUUAUGCAUCACCUAAUUAUGAAAGAAUUAACCUCUGGAUUCCGUCUACUGUCUUAAAUUUAUGUGGUUAAAAAACUUGAGAAAGGAAUUCUGGAAAAUUUUCGUAAAUUUAACUCUGUCCAUUUUAAUUAUUCGUACAUUCUCCUAUUUUCACCAUUAUUCCAUACUGAAGAAUAAUUAUAGCAAGUCAUAUACGACUGAAGAAAAAUGAAAAAUAUUAUUAUCAGUUACAAAAAAUCAUUUAUUUGCGAAAAUAAUAAUAAUACAAUAUUAUUCAAUACAACUUCUCCUUUACACUUUAAAAUUGAUUGCCAGAAAAUUAUGGAUUUCCAACAUAAAUUUACUCUCUUUCAGUGGCUCAUUUAUUUGUAUGUAAAUUAAUAAAAAGAAAAAUUGAAUAUUAA